AAAGAUGUAUCCACUUCAACCCUGAUCACAAAAUGAUUAAUUAAAAUUGCAAAAGAAAAAUCUAUGCAAACAACAGGUGGCCGGUGUGACCGCCUUUCCGCGACUUGUUCAUCUUCAUUAGGUCACGCCCACUUCGGCCGGUCGCAAGGUCCUAAGCCUGGAUUCCACAUCUAGUCAUGAGUGGCUACACCCCUUUCCCAUAGGCACAUGUGUUAUUACCAGCUGUAGCCAAGUGACUUGGACACGGCUUCAAAAGCAAGUGAUGUCUCUGAAGAGUCUGGCCGUUCACCGUUGUUAACACGAAAGAAUGGAACAUACAUUAAAGGUUUCUGGGAACCAAGCAGCAAUCAGGCAUGUGACGUGCUGUGUGAUGUUCGCCAUAUGUAUGACAAUUCUUCAAAUUCUUCAACCAGUUGUCUAUCAUUACGUGAAUCUAUCAUGAGAUCUGGAUCCUGUGUUGCUUCAUACCUAGGGAAUGAUGCAGUGUAGCUGCGUAUGAGGCCAGCCUUUUGUUGGGGCUACAGAUAUGUCAAACUGCCAAGAAUGAACAUGCUGCUUUAUGAAAGAAAGGACUAAACAACAGGCUGUUUGAAUUGAAAGCCAGGUUGACGAUAAAUGAACGAACUAUGAGUUACUACGAAAGUGACACUGUACAGACUCCAUUAUUUGGAGAGCGACAAACAAGGGACCGAGUCAUAAACUUGUCAUUGGGAAUAAUCACAGCUAUUCUUGUAACGGUGACAUUGGUCAGUGCUUUCAUAUUUCCUGCCUGGCCACCCUCAGCGGUCAACAUCACCUUUGCCUUUGUCAUUGUCUUAGUAUGUGGCGGCAACUUGUUACUGAUUUACUGGUAUCGAGAAGGAGACAUUGCUCCCAAGUUCCGCGGUCUGAUUUACUACAAUGCUGCCACUGUCUUGUUCCUGUGCGUCUGUGCCAACUUGUAUAUACACAAUGUCGAGAAAGCGCCAAAGACACCCGCCACAGCUUACUAACUGACAAAUUGUGAAAACCACGUGUUGAUAGGAUGCUGCUGUACUCGUCUAUGAAUGGAAUGAGAUGGUAAUUAGUCUCAAAAGGUCACAGUUUGUGUUUGAUUAAGGCGCUGUUGGCCUGCCAUUAUAUUACCUGUAUCAACCUAAAAAAAAAUCUAUUUUAUUUUGUGCAAUGAAUGAAGCCGCGUACACGUACAUUCCAAGAUUAUCCUAAAAGCUCAAAGUCUGCCAACAUUUUGAUGGAUUCGGUUCUUGUGUCAAAAAAACAAAGAACAAAACUAAUGAAAAGAAACAAUGAAACAAAAGUUGCUGUCUUGGAAUGGAAGAGGAACUAGGGGCGUGCUUCCCUCUGAUUUGAUGGUAAACGCUGAUUACCAAGUCACAUUUGCCAGGAAUUUGUGUGAAUCGCUUAAGUUCUCCACUCUGUGGGUGACCAGUGGCACACUCCGUAAACGUUAAUGGGCCCAGAUGAUGAUUUUUAUCCACGCUGAAGAUUUGUGCUGCACAAUAUACUCUUCUCUGAUGUGUGAGAACUAUUUGACAUCCUGAUGGAGUUCAGUGUUUUGAAAAGUACACUUCUUUUAAACAUUUAGAAUUGUCUGUGCUUUUCCAAACAACAGAGGGCGCUGUCGCUGUAAUGUCAAUCAAGGAAUACAUUGUUCAGUUUAAAGGCUCUCUGUUCAAAUUGUGAACCCCAAAUUUGCUCCUUGAAUACAUAUUUUGGAAUGGGCCGCUCAGUAGAUUCUUGCCUUUGACUUACACAACAAUGAAUCACCAUAGAGAAAAAAUUUAGAACAGUAAAAUAUGGAAAAUUCCAGCAUUUUCUGGUAUACAUUGAUGUGUUCCUCUUGAAAUGACAUCACAGAUUUGUUGACAUAUAUCAAAGCUUGUAUAAGCAUACAUAAACCGUCUAAAAUUGAACAAUAUUGAAAAUAAAAUCAAUCGAAGCAUUGAGAUGCAUUUCCAAGGGUUCUGAUUUAAAAAAUUGCCGUGCAGGCUACAUGCCAAGUAAAAAAAGGUGAACUCUACCUCAGUCUUACAAAAUUACCCCCAUGGUUUUUGUGAAAAAUUGGGAAGAACUAGUGUUCCACUGGCCCUACUCCAUUCCUGGUAUAUAUAAGCAAUGUUUCCAUUGUGUCAGCACUGGGACUUCACCUUUUGUGUUGAUGCUGACAUUGAGUGAGCUGGGAACCAGCUAGUUGUUCCAAAAUUGUGAAAUGAGUAAGGGAAACCGAAACUUCCUUUCUGUCGCGUGCAAGUUUGUUGGUGUCUAUGGCAUUCCGAGAGUACUUUACAUUUUGUUUUAACUCCUGACUUUCUGUAGGCCCCAGGCACACUGCCGUCUGUGCCUAUUUGAUAAUAUGACCUCAAGAAGCUUGAAGGGUUAAGGCCAGUCCGUAGUCUGUGACGUGCUGAAAAAUCGCCUCUCAAUGGUUGUCACUGAAAUGCCAGUGACCAGUUGCUGAAGGUUGAUGCUACCAUGGAGGAAGGACACAGAAGGAGUUAGAACACUUAAUUAAGGCACACAGCCUAAUACAAGCAACUGUGCAAGCGUUAAAUUUGAUGUUUUCAGAUCAUACCGAGCACCAGCGAUGGUAUCAAUAUUCAACUUCCAAUACUGCAGUACAUAACGUUUUAAGGAUGCAGAUUACCAGUGAAAAGCUGUGGUGAUGAUUAUGGGGUACAAAGGGGCAUAAAAAGUUGUGAAAUGGAUGGUGCGGUAAGAAUUCGCUGCGCUCUGGCUAUGGACAUACCGGGCAUGCCAGUAAGCGGUAAUCGGCGGGUGUUCUAGCCCAGAUAGUUCAAACUCCUGUGUUCUUCCUCCAUGUUGAUCCAGGGUUCAAAAGAUUCAGGUUGCUGACCAUACUUUUCAUAAAUGAACCAGUGCACGCAUGAUUGUCACAUUGUGUACAUGACAGAAUUUUGCGUCUUUCAUGCACAUGUUGCAUGUUUUACGCACGUAUGAACUGCACCAAAAGGCUUCAGUGUCUGGUAAUCAUCAGCCUCCAGCAUUCACCAUCUCAUGACUUGCCAUAAAACAGCCUUUUUAGGGCUAUUUAGCAGGGAAAUGUAUGUGCUCACUGACUGCUUUCCGUGAAAUAGACUCAGUCAGCAUUUGAUUGGUCUCACCUGCACACCCAACGCAUUUCCUUUGCCCCAGCAUCAACAAAGCCUAGGUAUUGUGUGGUUCUACUAACCAUUUUCAUUGAGUCAAACCAUGAGCCAUUAUUUGGUUUGGGUAAAAUCUUUUGUCCCCUUUCAUGCCUGCAUGAUUUUGCGCAGUAUCCGUGCGAAAGCGUUCAUUUUGAUUUACGUCCGUGGGCAGCAUUGAAAGUGAUUGAGUUGCAGGCAUUGGAAUGUGGCAAAUGUGGCGGCUGCAAGCCAACACGCAUCGCAGUACAACAGAAAUUGGACAACAAAAGGGUUGUGAGUGAUGCUUUUCACAGGGAUGGAGGCCAGGCUCCCCUGUGCAAAAGUUCUUGGAAACACGCUCAGUAGAUUUCUUUGCAGAGCCAAAGAUGAGCAGAGGACCAGUCUCAAGUGAUGUACUUUGCAUACCACGUGGACUGAUAACCAUUUUUGCUAAGCAAAGGGCCAAUACUUUCUUUGCUAAGCAGGGUUUUGAGAUUGGCCACUGUGUGCUGGAUUAUCCGCAAGCAUGAACACCCCCCCGAUUCUUAUUGUGUAACCGCAAGCCGUUCCUCUAAUGCAGUAUAUUCUUCCAAACACAAUCUUUCAUUUCUUACUGAAAUUUGCCUUUCCGAACUUAUAUGUGCAUACAAUGUACAGAUAAUGAAUAUUUAUGAAUGCAGUGGUUAAUUCACGAAGUGCAAGAUUGAAUGUUCCAUUCCACAACACAAAACUGACCGGAAUAACAUAUUUCAUUUGUUACCCAAAUUAAAUCAUUCUUUUCAUUGCACAGAUGUGAAACGUUUGUCUUUUGUUGUAUGCAAUGCCUGAAAAAAUCCCUGCAUCUCAAGAAUAAAUUCUAAUGAAUACAAAAAUUCCUGCUUAAAGCAUUUUAGAUUGAAGCAAUUUACCUGCCAAAUGGAAUGUUCCAUUUUGUGGUGGUGCAGCCAUGGUGUGUUUGUGGACAGGACAAUAAUUCAUGACAUGGGAUGGACAAUCCACAUGUUAGAUAACUGGGAUUGAUUCACAGAUGCAUAAUGUGUAAUGCAUGGCGCAUGCGUGCUGACAUGUAUUUACCUAGUUGUUCUUUAUCUUGACUAUAUCCACAAGCUAUUACGUUAUUAUUUUCAGCUGCAAUGUGUAUACGAUGCAGUUAUUUUAAUUUGCUUGAACUUGCAUUAAAAUCAACUUCACGCGCCUGCCCUCAGCGUAACUUAAGCAAGAAGAAGUCAUUGUGAUUUUAAAAAGCUUGAAUCUUGCAUUGCCGUUUGAAAUCGCGUUUUUGGUUAAUAUCAUGAGAGAGUGUGGUCUUCAAACAAGGUUUCGCGUACAUGGGAAAAUUGGGGGUUGGAAAGUGCAAUUUCUUUCAAUGCAACAAUGGUCGCCAUGUAAACAAUGUUUCAAGAUGGUAGUUAGAAUCAAAUCAGGUCGUCACACCACGAAGUCGCACUCAACUGCACUUGCGUGCUACUUCGUGAAAAUCGUGUUUACAGCAACUUUGCCCGACCAAACACAACCGUAAACCUUUCACCACUGUUAGUAAAAAUGUAGUCUCACAAUGAUUUUUUACUGCACUGUGUAAAAGAAACCCCCAAUAAGAACUAUAUUCAACCUCGAACUCUCAUUGUUGCGGCAGAGUGUACUCCUUUGAAACCAUGUGUUGUAUAAUGGGAAAGGUCAAAGCUGAUUUUAAGUAGGCUUUGAGUAUAGGCACAUUUACAUCAAUGUUUUUUUAAUAAUGAAAAAAUGGCAGUAUAACCAUAUACAUUCUCAGGUGAUUUUUCAUUUUUGUACCAAUAUUUUGUCAACGCAGUUAUGCAGAAGAAAUUGUACAUACAUGCACUGGCAAGGAUUGUAGACAAAGGCUUGGAAAUCAGCUGAUUUUCGUGUAAUACUGUAACUGUUGUACGUAUUGUAUUUGUCUCCCCGACAGUACCUGCAUUUGUCGCUGGUACUGGGAUAGAAUCGUUAUGUGACUGAAAGGUUUGUAUCAGAAAGCCUUAAUCAUGUCUGAGUGAACUGGCUAUGGCUAGCUGUAUUUCUUUCAAAAUGUUUUUGUUUUGUUUUUUUGACUGGAAGCGCCAUCAUUUAAGAUAUGCUGAUUUCACUUUCCUGGUCGGAUGACAGUUAUUUCAUAACAAAAAUCUCAAAUUUGCCCUUGGACUACAAACCUCAGUAUGCUACUCUUCAGACUUCACAAGCAUCAUUGGAGUCAGGUUGGCGUAGUGGCUCUUUCCCGCCCUCCACCUCCGUGUCCGUCCCGGGUGCGAUUCCCACUUCGGUCGACACGUGGAUUGGGGUUUUGGUCCCCCCCCCCCGAUUCUGUAAAUUUUACCUUAAAUACUUAUCUGGGGAUUUUCUUCCCACCUGUAAAAGUGAACAUUAUUUCGUCAUUGUCAUCGUCAUUGUCGCUUACAUGGACGACCAGAAAGUUACGCCUUCUUUUUGGCGAUGCCCUUGCCUCAGUGUCCAAGGGGCUGCACGCCGAGAGAUUCGUUUCAUUUUCAAAAUAAUGCGGCUGUUCUUUACUCAAACUGAAAUUAAACCGUGUUACAAAUGUAAAAACCGCUUUGAAAAUGUAUCGUGCAUUCUAAUUAAACAAAAUCUAUUGAGAAUACUUAAUGUACUAUUAAAAAAGUUGUAAAAGAUUAUUA